GGUUGACACUGUUUCUUCCGUUCGUCAAGUUUGGUUGAGUUGUGUGAGAGUUCAUGACAGACUUGAAGAAGCGUGAAAAACUCGCGCCUUCACACAUUAUGAGUGAUCCACAGCAGCGUGAAAUGGCCGCGCUUGUGGAAAACGACACGAACUUUACUCAGAAGAGAAACACCAACACAACUCAAGACUCGCAGCAGCCAUCACCGUUAGCCCUGCUGGCUGCCACCUGCAGUCGUAUUGACGAAAACGAUGCCGUGGAGCAGCAGGCACGACAAAGCCAAGACGCUCAGAUUGAUCUGCUGCAGUCACAUCUGUCACACGGCACUAACGGCUGGCAAAUCAUCCCCGCUGGCACACAGGUCGCGACCAGCUCUAGCAGUGCAGCCUCUCCUACGAUGGGCUCGGACGAUAAAAGCAGACAGACAACUAGUGCUGCUGUUCAACAGCAUUUUGUGAUGACGUCCUCCCAAAACCUACAAAGUCAACAAGUGCUCACCACGCUCUCUGGUGUGAUGCCAAAUAUCCAAUAUCAGGUUAUCCCACAGUUUCAGACCAUAGACGGACACCAGCUCCAAUUUAAUCCCGCACCUCAAGAUGUGUCCGCUGCAGCGACAGGACAGUUUCAUCUUGUGUCCUCUCCCAAUGGCAGCCAGCAGCUCAUUGCGGCCUCCUCCAACCGAGCUGCUGGCUCUGGAAACAUCUUAACCGUUCCAAGCCUGUUUCAACAAGCUAUACCUCUACAAAACAUCAGUCUGGGAAAUACUGUGCUGCCCAAUCAGACGCAGUUCCUUGCCAAUGUGCCUGUUCCACUAAAUGCCAAUAUUGCCUUGCUGCCUGUGGGAUCUGGUGCUCCUGCUGGAGCUGGAAGUGAUGCAAACACUGGAGGAACGUUAGGAACUUCUCAACAGCUGCUCCAGAAUGUGUCAUCUUCAGCCGCAACAGUGUACGGCACCACCUCCAUCAGCACGCAGAUGGCUGCUGGCAAUGCAACCCAGAGCAACAAAGGUGAAGCGGGAAAACCUUUCCAGAAUAUGUCUGAUACCAGAGAUGGACAGAAACCUGGUCAAGCUCAGAUCCUCAUCCAGCCACAGCAGGUCCUGCAGACCAUUCAGCCCAGUGCCAUCUCGGCUGGUGGUCAGGUGUUUGCGACGCAGACGCUGUCACAGGACGGAUUGCAGAAUGUUCAGAUCCAGACCAUUGCAAACGGUAGUCCCAUCCUGAUUAGAACCGUUGGUCCAAACGGGCAGGUGAGCUGGCAGACGCUUCAGCUGCAGAGUCCCGCUAACACGCAAAUCACACUGGCACAGCUGCCACAGCUGACACAAACUGGGACCUCAGGAAAUGUGCAACUGUCUGGUCUUCAAACCAUCAACCUAAACACACUUGGCAACACAGGGCUGCAAAUGCAUCAGCUGCAGGGUGUUCCCAUCACCAUCACCAAUGCUACAGGUGAUGUGGAUGGUACGGUACCAGACAGUAUGGAGGACAGCAGUGUACUAGAUGAGAAUAUAGAGAGCAGCCCGACACCCGCCAGCAGACGCACACGGAGGGAAGCCUGCACCUGCCCAUACUGCAAAGAUGGAGAGGGACGCAGUGACCCCAGUAAAAAGAAGCAGCACAUCUGUCAUAUCCCCGGCUGUGGGAAGGUCUAUGGGAAGACAUCACACUUAAGAGCACACUUGCGCUGGCACACUGGAGAAAGACCUUUCGUUUGCUCUUGGUCCUUCUGUGGGAAACGUUUCACACGCUCUGAUGAGCUGCAACGACACAAGAGAACACACACAGGUGAAAAGAAGUUCCCAUGCCCAGUGUGUCCCAAACGUUUCAUGCGUAGCGACCACCUGUCCAAACACAUCAAGACACAUUUGAAUAAGAAAAGUUCAUCUGGUGCCGCAAAUACCAAUGACAACACCGGUACCACUGUGGCCGCCACUGACAGCUGCACUGCAGACGACGCUACGACCGAUCAGCAAACUCUCAUGGCCAUGGACACGCUGUCAUCAGAGGGGUUUGCGCGGUUAGCCUCCAGCGGCAUCAGUGUCUUGCAAGUCACAGAUUUGCACUCCAUUAAUCUGAACAGCAAUGGUUAUUAAUGAAGGCUGAAGUGAGUGUUUAAGGUGAAUGCACUGCAGAUUGUUGGCAUUACAACAUCUGGUAAAGCACAGAGCCGCCUGUGAACGACAGCCAAGAGGGAUGCUUUCAGAGGGGAUAGAAUGGGAUGUAAUUUAUCUCAAAGGUGUUUGUUACCUCAUUCUCGCUGAUACUCCUGCCUCUCGCUUCUUUUUCAUCCCCUCCAUAUGUAUUUUGAAUCCUUUGAACUUUCCUUUUCCCUCAUUUACUGAUGCCUUGAACUGAAAUCAUGUUGUGCUCAUGAAUGUUUCACUCUGAUCCUCUUGAAGUCCAGAAGAGAUGAUCAAUUGGGUUAAAACAGGACAAGUGGGAAACUUAUAUUACAUAGUUGUCUUUUUUAAUCUUUAAUAGUGUACCCAAAAGCCAUCAUGCUCCCAUGUAUUGACCACAAAAAAAAAGAAGAAAAAAAAAGAAACAAAAGAUUUGAAACAUUUUGCUUUGUUUUUGUACAUAAGUUAUAUUUUUCCUAAGGAUGGAACCAUGCAAAUUCUGAAAUUGUCUUUGUUUUGCGAAUGUGUAUAUGAAUUAUGUCUUAAACUUAAAUGUCACCAUUUUUAUAUUAUGUAGGUGCUCUAUAACUUGCUUUAUAGUUGUUGUUUUUUUUUUUUUGUAUUGCUUCAGUCCUGAUAUACAA